AUGACAACUAUUCGUUGUCGGUUCUAUGAGAAUCACUUUCCUGACGUCGAGGAGACUGUGGUGGUGAACGUGCGACAAAUAGCCGACAUGGGUGCUUAUGUGAGCCUUUCUGAAUACAACGGGAAAGAGGGUAUGAUACUGUUGUCAGAAUUAUCUCGCCGACGUAUCCGGUCGGUGAACAAGUUGAUACGAGUAGGACGUAGUGAGUGCGUUGUCGUUAUUAGAGUUGACAAAGAUAAAGGAUAUAUCGAUCUAUCAAAACGGCGAGUGUAUUCGAAAGACCUAAUUCUUUGCGAGGAGCGAUUUGCCAAAGCGAAGGCAAUCAACAGCAUUUUACGACAUGUUGCUGAACAACUUGGCUAUGACAAAGACGAACAGCUGGAGGAUCUAUACAUGAGAACAGCUUGGUAUUUUGACAGAAGAGAGAAGAAGAAAGCAGCUGCUUAUGAUGUUUUCAAAAGGGCUAUUUCGGAUCCUCAUGUACUCGAUGAAUGCGAUAUUUCACCUGAAGUUAGGGAAGCUCUGCUGGAAGAUAUUAGGAAAAAACUUACUCCUCAAGCAGUGAAGAUUCGUGCAGACAUUGAAGUCUCAUGCUUUUCCUAUGAAGGUAUAGAUGCAAUCAAAACCGCAUUAAUAGCUGGGAAAAACUGUUCUACGUCUGCGAUGCCAAUCAAGAUCAACCUCAUCGCAGCUCCUCACUUCGUCGUUACUACGCAGACACUUGAUAGAGAACAUGGGCUUACCGCCGUUAAUGCAGCUCUCAACGUUGUGAAAGAAACCAUAGAAAAAUAUGGUGGAAAGUUUUCCAUUAAAGAGGAAGCAAGAGUCGUUACCGAUGUGGAUGACAACGAUAUCAAAAAGAAACUGGAAUUGGCCGAAAUCGAAGAAGAAGGUUCUGAGGAGGAAGAUGAAGACGAGACUGAGGAUGAAGACGAUGAUGGACUGGUUGCACCUAAAGGCUUGGAUCAACAAAUGGACGCCGAAGAGGCAAGUCGUGAAGCGAGGAAGAGAGAGCAAAAGACGGAAAAAGAAGAAGAAAAAAGGAAUGGUCAAGGAGAUAGUACUGAUGAGAGCGACUGA